UCCCUGCAGCAGCUCCUCACAGGAAGCCUACAUGAGCGAGAAAGCAGAAGCUGUUUGAGUUUGUUGAGAAAAGUUGUGUCAGUGUCGGUGUCAGCAUGGCCGGGGGCUCGGUGUCUGAGUGCAAGGAGUACUUGUUCAAAGUUCUGGUCAUCGGGGAGUUAGGCGUCGGGAAAACGAGCAUCAUUAAACGCUACGUGCACCAGCUUUUCUCACAGCACUACAGGGCGACCAUCGGGGUCGACUUCGCACUGAAAGUUAUCAACUGGGACAGCAAAACGCUGGUGCGACUACAGCUGUGGGAUAUCGCAGGUCAGGAGAGAUUUGGGAACAUGACACGAGUGUACUACAAAGAGGCUGUGGGGGCGUUCGUGGUGUUCGAUGUGACGAGGGGCUCCACGUUCGAGGCGGUGUCUAAGUGGAAGCACGACCUGGACAGCAAGGUGAAGCUGGCUAAUGGCAACCCCAUCCCCUCCGUGCUGCUCGCCAACAAAUGCGACCAGAAAAAAGACAGCUCCAACAACACAGCCCUAAUGGACAAUUUCUGCAAAGAGACCGGCUUUCUGGGCUGGUUUGAAACCUCAGCGAAGGACAACAUCAACGUGGACGAGGCAGCACGCUUCCUGGUAGAGAGUAUCUUGUCUAACGACAAAGGUUUGCCGUACGAAGAGAGCAAUGGAGACCGGAUCAAACUGGACCAGGAGACUGUGGCUGCUGAGAGCAAGUCAGGCUGCUGCUGACACUCGAUCUUUUCAUAUUAGCCAUCCACCUUCCUUUGGCAGGGUCCAACCCGAGCACCCAGCCUGUGGCUCUCAGCCCUCCACUGCAGCCUCUCGGAGGAAUAUGAAUUCUUGGGUUUCAAAGCUCCAGGAUCUUCUCCUCUCUGCACUGAUGCCGUUGGACUUGCACAUCCAAGUUUCUUAUUGUAGUUUUCCCUGUAGGCCAGAAUAGAAGCCUGAUUUUUAUCUUGACGUGGUUGCAAAUGUUGCAUAUCAGGCCGUUUCCUUCUUCGUCCCACCCCUCUAAAUCACAGCAUUGUUAUUAUUGUGUAUGUCUCACUGCGUAUUGUGUAUUUCUCCACCCAACCCUCUGUAUUUAAUCCCUGCUGCUCCUCUGAAGCCCUGGACUAUACCACGCCUGAGAUGGGGUGCAAACUAAGCAGGAAUUUGCAAAACACAAGCUAUAAAAUGACUUGUAUCCUCUUCAUUUCCGUCACUUUGGUCUGUUCUCUCUCAGUAUCCCUGUCAUUCAGCAUCUACCUGUGAAACAAGACACCUAUUGCUCAGUGUUGACGUAUUUCUUCAUGGAUGGAUGUUAAUGACAAUAUCUAUUACAGCACACUCAUGUUUGUGCUUCCAGCUGUUAGACUACUGUGUAAAAAAAAAAGCAUUAUCAAAGUGUUAUCUCAUAUUGCUGUCAUGAAUUGUUGCCAUAUUUUCUCUGUAAUGUGCCAUAAUGCAGUUUCUGUUAUGUUUAUUAGAUGGGAACACUUUUGUUAUUCAUUCAAACUUGUACAAAGACAGAUGGAAGGGACGGUAUUUCAGUAAAAAACUACUUUUGCGGUACUAUACGAGAUACUGUCUUUCCACCAGUAUGACAAUGCAGAUCUGAGUUACAGUAUGCAUUUUUUUUAAUGUGUCGGGUCUUGCUUUAUGCAACUGGUGUGGUAUCUUAUUCAUGACACUCUCCUGUACAUUCAAGUAUUCAGAUGAAAUAUGAAUAAUUUUUUAAAAACAUUGAGAUGGAUUUAAGUUUACAUGUGAAAAAACGUUAAAUAUACAAGACCAAAAUAGAAUAAACAUUUUAACAGA